UUUUUUUGAGAUAACAACCAAACAGUGCCGACGGUAAUCAAAAUGGGCAAAUUGGUGACCAUUAACGAUGAGAAUAGUCGCGGCGGUAGCGCUACGGCUAUGGCUACGGCUGCUGCUGCUGGCAAUGGUCAGCAAAAGUUGGUGGUCCCGAUAAAGUUGGUGGACAGACGAAAGACAUCGCCGGUUAAGCUAAAAAUGAAGACAUUGGGACCGACAGUUAGAGAGCGAUCAAAACGCCGUCAAUUGAACGGAUACUCGUGUAAGGAAUGCGAAGACUACUACAAGACACGACAGCUAAGCGACGGCCAACUCCGCAAUCGGCUGAACGAGUGUUCCCGUCAUCGACAGGAGUAUUCGCCGCCCAAAUCGCCCGAACAUUUCUGGGAGACACACAUACCGACUACACCAGAACUGAUCCGACGGGGAGUCUUCAAUGUGGAAGACAAGCGAUUAGUAGGUGUGAAGACGACGACCACCACCACCGAGAAGAAUAAGAAGAAGAAGACGUGGAAGUGUUUGGAGAAUGAGUUGAGUCAGUCUUCAUCGUCAACGACGACGACAACAUCGGAACAAGAGAUUGUUGUCUUAAGCGAUUGACUGAUCCGCUGAUCCACUGAUAGGUCACACAUACUAUUGCUAGACAUAUACUAAUGUUUUUAAGUCUUUUAUAUAUAAAAAAAAAUUGUAUCUUAUAUUCAAUCAAUGAAUGUGUGAUUCAAUCGGUUUGGUUACCAUCCGAUGCUAAUGAGUGGUAUAGAAGAAGAUAUAUAUAU